CAGGCCGGGCCGCGGACCCAGGGAGCAGCUGCCCCCGCGCGCAGGCACCGCCGGGGCUCACCGGGGCCGAGGCCGCAGGGACCAGCAGGAGCCGAGCCAGUGCUGCGCCGUGAACCGCCGCCGUUGUCACUCUGGACGCGGAACGGAAUUUCCCCUCCCUGUCCCAGCGCGGCGGUGCAGCCCCAGCCUCCAGGAGCACUUGCUGCCCCGAGGCGCCGCUGGCGCAGGGCAGCCCCUCAAGGGAGACAGCCCCCGAGACUCCGCGCCCCGAAAAUGGUCAGACCCGCGCCUAGCCUGGCAGGAAGACUGUGACCGUGGGAAUUCCAGCCACCUACCCAAGCAACAUGCAGAUUUUAUUUGUGGAGCCUGCCAUUUGCCUCAGUGCAUUUGCCAUGUCUUUGGCUGCUCCACUGACAACACAAUAUGUGUACCGGAGAAUAUGGGAGGAAACAGGCAACUACAGUAUUGCACCGGAUAGCAAUAUUUCUGAGUGUGCAAAAAACAAAAGCAGCCCGAUUUUUGCGUUUCAGGAGGAAGUUCAGAAAAAAGUGUCUCUUUUUAAUCUUCAGAUGGACAUGAGUGGGUUAAUUCCUGGUCUUGUGUCUACAUUCAUUCUUCUGUCUCACAGUGACCGGCGAGGACGAAAAUUCCCUUUGGUUCUGUCUUCUGUGGGUGUGCUUGUAACCAGUGUUUGGCUCUGUCUGCUCUCCUAUUUUGCUUUUCCAUACCAGCUUUUGAUUGCAUCUACUUUUAUUGGCGCACUUUGUGGCAAUUCCACCACAUUUUUGGGAGCCUCUUUUGCCUACAUAGUUGAUCAAUGUAAAGAACAGAAACAAAGAACAAUUCGAAUAGCUGUAAUUGACUUCCUGCUUGGAAUCGUCACUGGAUUAACAGCAUUGUCUUCUGGCUAUUUUAUUAGAGAACUAGGUUUUGUGUGGUCAUUUUUAAUGAUUGCUGUGGCUCUUACUGUUAACUUGCUUUAUAUUUUAUUUUUCCUUGAUGAUUCAAUGAAACAGUCUUCCUCUCAGAAUGUUUCUAUAUCAUGCACUGAAGGCUUUAAAAACCUAUUUUACCAAACUUACAUGCUUUUUAAAAAUGCUUCUGGGGAGCAACGGUCUUUGCUCUGUUUGUUGAUUUUUACGAUGAUCACUUAUUUUUUCGUGAUAAUCGGCAUUUCCCCCAUUUUUAUUCUUUAUGAAUUGAAUUCUCCACUCUGCUGGGAUGAAGUUUUAAUAGGUUAUGGAUCAGCUUUGGGCAGUAUCUCUUUUUUGAGCAGCUUCCUAGGAAUAUGGCUUUUUUCUUACUGCAUGGAAGACAUUCACAUGACUUUCAUUGGAAUUUUUACCACCAUGGUGGGAAUGGCUAUGACUGCUUUUGCCAGAACAACACUGAUGAUGUUUUUAGUCAGGCUGCCGUUCCUUUUCACUGUCGUGCCGCUCUCUGUUCUACGGUCCAUGAUGACAAAAGUGGUGCGUCCUACUGAGCAAGGUACCCUGUUUGCUUGUAUUGCCUUCUUAGAAACACUUGGCGGAGUCACUGCAGUUUCUACUUUCAAUGGAAUUUAUUCAGCCACCGUGGCCUGGCACAAAGGUUUCGUCUUUCUGCUCUCCGCCGUUCUAUUACUAAUCCCAGCCAUCAGUCUAUGUGCCGUCAAGUGCAUCAGCAGGAACGCGGGAAGCCACGUCCUCCUCGUACAAGAAGAACCCAGCGAAGACACUUCAGACAGAUGAUUAGUUGUGAUUCAAAAAAACCCAAAUGCACAUACCAUACACUCUUACUUCUGAAGAAUAUAAACUAGCUCCACAAUCAAUACUUCAUGAAUAAUCAAUGCUACAAGUCCUUUCUUCUAAGCAGUCAGAGAAAUAGUUCCUGGCUCUAGCUUCUUGGAGUACCAUGCACUUUGAGCACUUUAUGAAGAUCAUGUGAUAUAUUUCCAACACAGAGAACAAAUCUCAAGACACUUACCACUUUGGGACUUAAAAGAAAACAAAUUUAUUGGUAUAAGGCUGGACUAAGAAACUUGAUACAAUCAAAAGUGAUAAUCUCCCUGAUAAACUCCAGGAGAUUGAGAUUGUUUGCUUCAGUUUCUUCAUCUGCAAAAUGGGUUUCUGACCUCUCUCAAGGACUUUAAAGGCAUAACUGUUGAAAAUUAUGAUGACUCAUUCACUGAUAGGAAAAAUGAUAGAAGUUUUGAAUAUUUACAAUAUAGUUUUACCUCUGCUUGGGUAAUGCUUUGUUUUAUAGAGCCCGCCAAAGUGCUGGUGACAGUCAAAGCUUUCAGUAGAUGCAAAAAUCUUCAAAAGGGAAGCACUUGAAAGAAUCCAUGUUUUUACUUUUCCUAGUAUGUUUCAUCAGUGACACGAAUGAUAAUAUUUCUAUAAGUAAAACAGAGGUGACUGGAAAAAAAGAUAAGUAGUUUCUAAAGAAAUUUAAAAACCAAGUAAAAAGCCAAUCAUGAUGUUAAGUGAUUAGUAUUUACAGAGCCAGUAUUCAUUCCUUCUUUCAAAAGAUAUCCAUUUCUUCCUGCCUUACACUCACCCUGGGACCGCCAGGGUCCCUGAAAACACCGCAUCUUCUCCGGCCUCCUGUCUUAGCACACAGUGUUCCAUUUGGCCUUCCUUCCCACCCCCCACCACAAACGUUCAAGUCUCAGCCAAAGCAUAGCUUCUGCUUCCCCUGUGUGGCUUUCCACCCGCAGGCCAGCCACCGCGCUCUGUGCGUGCUUCCAUCCUAGCGUUUUCCCUUGUCUUGUAAAGUCUGUCUCCCCUACUUGACAAUGGGCACCUUGAGGACAGGAACAAUCUUCAAUUCCUCAAUAAAUGUUGAACUAAAUGACUACAAAA